AUGUUCGAAACCGAAGCAAGCCUACACUCAUACGAUGGCGGGUGUCACUGUGGAAAGAUUAGCUUCACGGCGCAGCUCUCUUCGCCUAUAGAAGAGCAAGUUGUAAACUCAUGCAAUUGCUCGAUCUGUAGUAUCAACGGCUAUCUCCUGGUCUAUGCGCAAAAGGAGAAUGUUACGUUCCACAAUGCUGUUGAUGCGAUCAAGGAGUACCGUUUCGGAACUUUGAAGUAUCCCCAUGCCUUUUGUCCCAACUGCGGGUCGAGUGUCUAUGCUCGAGGUGAUGGAGGGGAACAUGAUGGCAUUCUAGCCCUUAAUGCACGAGCCCUGAAGAAUGUCGAUAUCAGCACAUUGAAGAUCGUGCCCCUCGAUGGAAAAAGGAUCAAUAUUGACUGA